AUGUUGUUCCUACGAUCGUCAGGCUGGAUCAUUGCGUCCCUUCUAGCAGCUACAAAGCCUGUCGCGACAAAAGGUCUGGCCGAUAUCGACCAUGUUAUUCUGUUUAUGCAAGAGAACCGUGCAUUUGACCACUACUUCGGUACCAUGGCCGGAGUUCGCGGCUUCGCAGACCCCAAUAUGCAUAGCACCACCUGGAAGCAAAAGGUCACUCCACAGCAGAGCAAAGACACAGAUGCCAUCACGCCUUGGUACCUGAACUACCUUGGAGGCACAUGGCCAGAAGCCACUCAGUGCAUGAGCGCUGGUUCCAACGGCUGGGAUGCUAACCACGCUGCGUGGAACAACGGAGGAAAUGACCACUGGGCUAUGAAUAACACACCCUACAGCAUCGGCUACUACAAGCGUCAGGACCUUCCUGUCCAUUUUGCAUUGGCGGAGGAGUGGACUGUGGGCGAUAUGUAUCAGGAAUCCGUUAUUGCCUCCACGAAUCCCAAUCGCGUUAUGUGGAUCAGCGGAUCUAUCAAUGUGCCUGGUUCUCCCCAGGGGAAGGACGAGGGCGGUUAUCCAUAUAUCGACAAUAACGAGACGCCUGGCUGUGACAAGCAGGGUAUAAACUGCUACCCUCUCAAGUGGACCACAGCUGCAGAGAAAUAUGAGGCUGCCGGUGUGUCAUGGAGCGUAUACCAGGACGCGGACAACUUUGACGACAAUCCUUAUGCAUGGUUUGAGCAGUUUCAGACGUCCAAGAAAGGAUCCAAGUUGAAUGAAAAGGGUAUGAAGGGCCAGUCACUGGACGCUUUCUUUUCGCAAGCUGCGGCUGGAACACUCCCGGAAGUCUCGUACAUCGUCGGGCCUAUGCAACUAUCAGAGCAUCCUCCCUACUCACCGAACGAUGGCUCGUGGAUACAGAGAAAGGUUGCUGAGGCAGUCAUAAACUCACCCAAGUACUCCAAAUCCGUACUUAUCGUCUCAUACGACGAGACUGGUGGAUGGGCUGAUCAUGUUGACCCAUAUCACGCCCCUGAUGGAACGCCAGGCGAAUGGAUCGAUGACCCCUACGGAGAAGCAGGCCACACACCCAUCGGCCCAGGUUUCCGCGUGCCAUUCUACAUAAUCUCCCCCUUUACUCGAAAAGGCGGUGUCUACACCGAACACUGCGACCAUACAUCCCAGCUAUCCUUCAUCGAGAAGUGGCAAGCUGCCAAGGGUCGUGAUGUCAAGACGGAAGAGAUGGUCCCCUGGCGUCGGAAUAACAUGGCCGAUCUUACCAACGCUUUUGACUUUGACAAUCCCGACUACAGUAUUCCAGAUCUUCCUGAUGCACCUGAACCUCAUCGCAAUGGUAAGGGAGACUAUGAUGGUUCCUCGCAUUGUGCAAGUCUGUAUGGGAAUGGUCGACCGAAUGUUCCGUAUACUGAUGAGGCAGCGAAUAAUGAUACUGCGAGUUUGGCGGAGAAGGGGUUUAAACCUGUCCGCGGAUUGCUCACCGAGGGGCGGAACAUCGUAAUUGAAGCAUCUGGGCAAGCUGUCAGUGUUUCGUUAAGUGGCGAUGCUCUUACUCUUAGCAAAGCCACAAAGAACCACGAUGAUGUCCAGCAGGGUUGGAUCAUCCAAGCCGUAAAGAUUGGCGCCAAUGACUUUACUGUGUCAUCGAUAAAGAGCGGUUUGUAUAUCUGCACUGGUCUGAAGCUUUGCAAAGACUCCAAGUCCUCUAUUAUUUUCACGGUCGGAUUUGAACCGAGCAACGGACACUCAUUCAAGAACAAGAAGUCCGGGAGGUAUCUGGCUGGAGGUAAAGAAGGUCAACUGGGCUGGCAGAAGAGCGAAACGUUUUGGAAGGCUUUCAGUGUUACGUACUAA